AUGGCCUACGAGUUCAAAUGGCCAAUGUUCAUGGCUGGUUCCCGUACCUCAGUAAACCGUCUUCAUUAGCUCGCCGUCGCCCUCCUCAGCAGUAUCCAGACUCUGUUGUCGGGGCGCUCGCCUGAUCCCUUGCCAUCCGCAGCCUUUCUUGAGCGGAGGCCGCCUUACCUUGCCCCAAAUCCGCUGCUCACCCCGCACUUCAACCCCGCUAUGUCGAAUCCCUUCAAUGUAGCCAAGGAAGGCAGCGUCGCUUCCCGCUUCGUCUCCUCUACGGAGCUCAGCGAAGCCCAGAAGAAGCGAGAGCAAAGCCUCAAGGAAGCUUAUGCCCGCAUCGGCCAAUCCCCCCCUCCCUCCUCUUCCGGCGGAGUAGGAGAAGGCGCCAAGGAAGAGUACGACCCACGAUCCCUCUUUGAGCGCUUACAGGCGCAGAAGAAUUCCAAGCAGGAGAAGUUCGAUGAGACUUGGAAAUUGAGCAAUCAGUUUAGAGGAAUUGAUGAAGGGGAGAGUGAUUUCUUGGCCGAGGUAGAGAGGGAGAGACGGGACGCGGAGAGGAGGAAGAGGGACGAGGAGAGGAGAGAGUUGGAGGCUUUUAGGAUGGCGGCUCUGAACAAGGAGACGUCUCCUCCCCCUCCAUCUUCCCUGCUUCCCAAGGCCCUAAGCAACUCACCGCCCCCAGCAGCGUCCUCUCCCGCUCCGACAACAUCGAAUGGCAAGGCAGCCUCGCCAGGAGCUGCAGCAGCAGCCGUAAAGUCGUCAGCCUCACCAGUCAAUGCGACUUCUUCUGCCGCCAAGGCUAAGCGGAAGAGAGAUGGUGGAGGACUGCUGGGGAUCAAGCGCAAGACGGACGUCAAGAAAAGUAAGACGGGCGAGGGCGAGAAACAAAACGACAAGGCAAAGUGA